AUGUCUUCUACUUUAGACUCGUUCGUCCUCCCCGACCUGUUGUCCAUGCUGCCCUUCAAACACUCCUUCAAUUCGACCCACUACGAGCCAGCAAUGAAGGAAUCCUCGGCCUGGGUCAACAGCUACGACAUCGUCCCAGAGCACAAGCGCGCCUAUUUCGAACACGGUGACACGGAGCUUGUCUGCGCUCAUGUCUACCCUUACGCUAACUUCGACGAGCUGCGCACCGCGAUGAACCUCGUGGACCUCCUGUUUGUCAUCGACGAUGUUAGCGAUGACCAGGACGGGAAGGGUGCAUCUGAGACUGGACAGGUCUUUCUCAGUGCCCUGCGUGACCCCGACUGGCACGAUGGGUCACCGCUCGCCCAGAUGACAAAGGAGCUCCGCGAGAGGCUGCUCCAGUUCAACGUGCCCGCGUGUUACAACCGACUGCUCAAGCACUGUGAAGACUACAUCAACGCGGUCACCGUAGAGGCAGAGCUUCGCGAGCGCAACAAAGUCCUCGACCCAGAGGCGUACGCCAACGUCAGAAAACGGCGCCGUCUCGACCUCCCGGACGAGAUGUUCGAACACCCUAUCAUGACGCGCCUGCAUAUCGCUGCGGUCGACAUGGUGUGGCUGGCAAACGACCCCUACUCGUACAACAGGGAGCAGGCGAUGGGCCACCCGGGUAAUAAUAUCCUGACGGUCCUGAUGGAAUCCGAGCACUGUGACCUCCAGACUGCUGCAGACCUCGCGGGCGGCGCGCGUUUCAAACAGAUCGUAGAUCAAUUCCAGGCCGACAAGGCGUUGUUGCCAUCUUGGGGCCCGGAAAUGGAUGCGAUCGUCGCGGAGUUCGUGAAAGCCCUGGAGACUUGGGUAGUUGGGAAUAUCGUGUGGUCGUUUGAGACGACGCGCUACUUUGGUGACCUAGGGGAGGAAGUCAAACGCACUCGUGUGGUUCAACUGUAUCCUAAGCAUGAAGUUGAUCACUAG